AUGUCUUUGGCGGAUGAACUACUUGCUGAUUUAGAAGAAAAUGAUGAUGCUGAACUUGAAGCUGUUAUUGACAGCAAGACAACAAACAAUGCUUCACAUGAAUUUGCCGUUCCUUAUCCUGUAAUCCCUAAGGAAGACGAAAUCAAAAAUGUAUCCAUUAGAGAGCUAGCCAAGUUAAGAUAUUCAGAUCGCCUUCAACGUGUUAUAACUGAAGUAGAGAAAAACUAUGGCAGUAAUAGGAAGAAAAUUGAAGUGGCAGGAUUGAUGGAAUCUGAUCCUGAGUAUCAAUUGAUUGUAGAAGCAAAUAAUAUAGCAGUAGAAAUUGAUGGAGAAAUAGCUAUUAUUCACAGAUUUGUCCGGGAUAAAUAUCAGAAGAGGUUCCCAGAGCUGGAAUCUUUGAUAAUUACGCCUCUAGAGUAUAUAAGAACAGUGAAAGAGCUUGGUAAUGAUCUAGACAGAGCUAAAAAUAAUGAGACACUACAGAGUUUUCUCACCCAAGCCACAAUCAUGAUUGUGUCUGUCACUGCAUCAACAACUCAAGGAAAGCUUUUGUCUGACAAUGAACUGGCUGAAAUCAAUGAGGCAUGUGACAUGGCUGGGGAGUUAAAUCUUUUCAAAUCUAGAAUCUAUGAAUAUGUUGAAAGUAGGAUGACAUUCAUUGCUCCUAAUAUAACGGCAAUUGUUGGAGCGUCAACUGCUGCGAAGAUCCUCGGCGUCGCCGGAGGUCUGUCGAAGCUGUCCAAGAUGCCCGCUUGCAACGUGCUGCCGCUGGGGCAGCAGAAGAAAACACUGUCGGGAUUCUCGCAGGCAGCCGCGCUCCCUCACACCGGUUUCAUAUACUUCUCGCAAAUAGUCCAGGAUACGCCGCCCGAGUUGAGAUACAAAGCCGCGAAACUCGUAUCGACCAAGCUGACGCUCGCCGCCCGUGUGGACGCUUGCCACGAAAGCUCCGAUGGACACAUAGGGCGCAUGCUACGCGAGGGCAUUGAGAAGAAACUCGACAAACUGCAGGAGCCGCCGCCGGUGAAGUUCGUGAAGCCCCUACCGAAGCCGAUAGAGCAGAGCCGCAAGAAGCGCGGGGGCAAGCGCGUCCGCAAGAUGAAGGAGAGAUACGCGAUGACGGAGUUCCGGAAGAACGCGAACCGACUCAACUUCGCGGACAUCGAGGACGACGCGUACCAAGAGGAUUUGGGGUACACCAGAGGCACUAUCGGCAAGUCGAGCACCGGUCGCGUCCGGCUGCCGCAAAUAGACGAGAAGACCAAGGUGCGCAUCAGCAAGACCCUGCAGAAGAACCUGCAAAAGCAAAACCAGCAGUACGGCGGGGCCACAAGCAUACGGAGGCAGGUGUCAGGCACGGCUUCGUCGGUAGCAUUCACACCUCUUCAGGGCCUGGAGAUAGUAAACCCGCAAGCCGCUGAGACAAGAGUGAACGAAGCUAAUGCAAAGUACUUCUCAAAUACCUCCGGUUUCUUAUCCGUCAUCGGCCGCUCACCUGGUGAAGCUCCCCGAAAAACCAGACGCAGCUUC